GGCCGUGGUGCUGUAAAAUGCCGUGAGGCGCGGCCGGCGGGGCCUGAGGGACAGCGGCAGGGCCCGGUCCCGCUCCAUAUGCCCCGAACCGCCCCGAGCCGCUCCAUGUGGGGCCGCCCCUCGCCCGCAUCGCCCUCAGCCUUCCACUAUGGCCCGGAAAACAGUUAGCAGGAAGCGGAAAGCGGCGGCGGCUGCCGCCGCGGGGACCGGGGGACUCCAGGGGGAGCAGUACGGGUGGGAUCACUCUCUUCACAAAAGGAAAAGGCUCCCGCCGGUGAAAAGGUCUCUAGUGUACUACGUGAAAGGGAGAGAGGUCCGGAUGCAGAAUGAGUCCAGCUACCACCGCUUGUUGCAUGGAUACGCAGCCCAGCAGCUCCCCAGCCUCCUGAAGGAGAGGGAAUUUCACCUCGGGACACUCAAUAAAGUGUUUGCCUCCCAGUGGCUAAACCACCGACAAGUGGUGUGCGGGACAAAAUGCAACACGUUAUUUGUAGUAGAUGUCCAAACUGGUCAAAUUACCAAGAUUCCUAUCCUGAAGGAUCGUGAACCUGGCAUGGUGAACCAGCAGGGAUGUGGCAUUCAUGCCAUUGAGAUCAACCCCUCGAGGACCCUCCUGGCCACAGGUGGAGACAACCCCAACAGUCUUGCAAUUUAUCGUCUGCCUACACUUGAUCCUGUCUGUGUGGGAGAUGAUGGACACAAGGACUGGAUAUUUUCAAUUGCAUGGAUCAGUGAUACUAUGGCUGUUUCUGGUUCCCGGGAUGGUUCGAUGGGUCUCUGGGAAGUCACAGAGGAUGUGUUAUCCAAAAGUGAUGCCAGGCAUAAUCUCUCUCAAGUUCCUGUCUAUGCCCACAUAACACACAGUGCUCUGAAGGAUAUCCCCAAGGAGAACACCAAUCCUGACAACUGCAAAGUCCGAGCAUUGGCUUUCAACAAUAAGAACAAGGAGUUGGGAGCUGUGUCCCUGGAUGGGUAUUUUCAUCUUUGGAAAGCAGAGCAUACACUAUCAAAGUUACUUUCCACAAAGUUGCCAUACUGCAGAGAGAACGUGUGUUUGGCUUAUGGUCAAGAGUGGUCAGUGUAUGCAGUAGGAUCACAGGCACAUGUCUCUUUUCUGGAUCCAAGGGAGCCUUCCCACAAUGUUAAAUCCGUCUGUUCCAAAGAACGAGGCAGCGGUAUCCGCUCGGUGAGCUUCUACGAGCACAUCAUCACUGUGGGGACAGGGCAAGGGUCCUUGCUGUUUUAUGAUAUCAGAGCCCAGAGGUUCCUGGAAGAAAAGCCCCCCCGUGCCUGCUAUGGACAGAAACAGAAAUUAGGAGGAAGUGAAAUUUUGAAGUUGACAACUGGGAAAGGCUGGCUGAACCAUGAUGAAACCUGGAGGAAUUAUUUUUCUGACAUAAAUUACUUCCCAAAUGCUGUUUACACCCACUGCUACGACUCGUCUGGAACGAAACUGUUUGUGGCAGGAGGCCCUCUUCCAUCAGGACUUCAUGGGAAUUAUGCUGGUCUCUGGAGCUAAUGAUAACUCUUCAUUCUGAUGCUGAUCUUUACACGGAUUUCCACUUUUCUUUUCAUUUUUUUAACAACAAAAUUGUGUGAUGCCAUUGAUUCCUGAUUUAAACACAAGUUAUUUUUUGGCAGAGUUUUCUGUUGGUCUCCAACAGUUUUGUACAUCUUUUUGAACUAGUUUUUUGCUUUAACCUCCUUGAUCCUUUAUAUGGAGGGCUUUUGAAGUCCUUUUUUAUUGUAUUUACUCCAAAUGACUCUUGCCCCCAUUUAGACUGGCUUGGCCAUGUGUCCCCUCCUCUACUUUGCUGUGAGGUAGGAUUUCUUUCUUAUAGAGUGGUUGCUCCUGAGCUUUCUGUGAAAGUCUUGGGGCUGCUUGUAUGCAGGUACUUUGUGUCAGUUACAUUACCUGGAGUGAGGACUACUUGUAAUUAAAAACUAUUAAAAAUAUUUAUAAGAGAUAAGCUAGUACUUUAUCUGGAGAGCCUGGCCCUGGCCUGGGUUGAUCAUAUUUUUUAAAAGUACAAGUCUAAUGACACUGUUUUUGCAUAGAGGGAUAUGGUAAUUUUAACCUGUACUCAGUGGAGCCCAGGGAUGGAUCACUUAGUGAUAUUGACCAUCAGUUCCAAAGUGCUGGAGGUUUUAAAAGUGCAUUUAUGUUCGAAUGGUAGUUUUCAGCAGUGCUAGGAGCAAAAAUUGGUCUGUUUCUUCACUGCCUGUCCCAGGUAUCAGCUUGCACAACUGGAGUUUGUAUAGGCUGUUCUGCAGCAUGGCUGUUGCAGGGUGAUAUUACACUGAGGGCUGCAGAGAUGCUGAGAGAAAAUGGGGGCUAGUUAUUCAAAAUUAACUAAAUCUAUCUGUUCUCCAGAUGAAAUAUGGUUUCUAAGUAUGCUGUUAGGGUAGCUUAUAAACUCUUCGUAAACUGCCUAAAACUUUGGACCUUUCUUAUCCCAGGUUGUGGAAAUUUUUCCCCUUUUUGCUGUUCUGGUUGGCCAUCUGCUCAAAGAAGCCGAUGGAAUUAAUAAACUAAUUUUUUUCACCCACAUUAAAGAGUGCAUCUCAGACAUUACUAAUGCAAGCGAGCAGCUUUCCUCAGAGGAGGGUGUAUCUUGGUGUUUCUUCACUUUGUGCUAGCCUAUGCUGUGGGAGAGACUCAGGCUUUUCCAGAAUCCCCUGCUGCCUUCUGUAUUCAGACUCCCUCCAACUUCACCUGGGACUGGGAGAGGAGAACCGGGUCCAGUGUCCUUCAGGUCCAUCUGUGAAGCAUUUGCCUCCCAUGGUCUUACCCAAUACUCAGCUGAAAUGCAAGACUCCAAGGUAUUCCUCCUUUUAGCAGUCACCAAACUCUCAGCUUUUUAGUGAUGCCCCUGUCCUCUGCUGGAAUUAAUGCCUUUCCCCUGACAUUGGUGGAACAAAGUGUGCCUGUGCCUCACAGCUUUGGUGCCAAAUGGGCAGUUGAUUGAAACUGAGAGGGAAGACAAGGCUGGGACAUGCUCUGUUCUCCCAUCUCUGUGAGAGAUCGUAGCUACCACUGCAGUUCCUACCCACAGUCCAGAGCUAAUCUGCAUUUCUCUUUACAGACCCUCUCAUCUUUAUAUUCAGUAUCUUCACCAGUCACACAGAGCAGUCAUGCAUCAGGCUUAAGUUCUGGCUGGUAUGGAGACCUGGAUGGAAAUCCUACAAGGAGUGCAGGUCCCUCUCAUUGGGGUGGAAAUCCUGGCAAGAGAAGAAUUCUCUCCCAGGUGUGCACCUAUCCCAGAAGUAUAAUUAGCACUGAGCAUUAACACAGGUGCUUCACAAGCAGAUCUUACAGUGUUUCAUUAUACUUACCAUUGUGGCCUGGUUGCAUAAACUGCAUCAGUUCAAAGUACUGUGUGUAUGGGUAGAUAGGCUUUUCUCUGAAAAGGUGAAAUUAUAUACUAUGGGGUAGCUGCUAUAGUUAUUUUAGGGGCUUAGAAAAGUGGAAGUAUAUGAAAAAAAAACAAGUCUUGGAGAAGAAUGGCAGGAUUUGUAUCCUUACAGCUACUUAGUAAGAUCAUUCUGUCACAGGAAAUAUGUUCUGCUUUGGUUUGUUUGAUUGUUUUUUAAAUUCAGUUUGGUUUGAAGUUUUUUCCUUUGUUUUUUUAAAGAAUCUAGACACUUGAGUCUACCUGAGUGUCCUCCAGUUCAGCUGAAGCAACAGGUAAUAGCUGGGCAUUUAGUGUCAGCAGUGCCAAAGGGAGGCUCCUGGUCUGGAAAUUCUAGCCCUGAUGUUGAUCUAUUAACUGAAGCAUAUUUUAGGCCAUAGGAGGAGGACAAAGAGUAUGUGUAUGGCCUUCAAACACAAAGGCUGAUGUUUCUGCAGUCUCUAGUUUACUGAAGAGGCACCACUGGAAACUGUCCCUCCCUACUGACUGUGAUCUCCACAAGUACCUCAAUAUGUGCUCCUAAAGCCUGGUAAUGUGAGUGCCCCUUUUCUCCUUUUUUUCUUCAUUGAAGGCUCUGCACAAUUCUCAGAUGAAUCUGGAUAAUGAUGUAAAAUGUCUCAAAUGCUUUUGUGUAUUCUGCUUUCAGGGUGCUUUCUUGCAAAAAUGACUUCUCACAGUAAGGAAGCCAUCCUUGUUGCUGUAUGAAAAUCCCCACAAAAACACUAGGAACCAAACCAGAUAGUGCUGCAAGCACACAAACAAUUUGGACCAGAGAUAAAACCACUGAAACUAGCUAAAAAUUAAGUUAACAGCAAUAUAGAUGUUAAGUUUCAGAAUAUUUCUGUGGCUGGUCAUGCAUAACUUUUGUUCCAAUCCCUGUUAUAAACUGAGGCAUAGAAAGGUGAUGAUGAUAUACCAAUUGUCCAAAGAUAAGUAAUGGGAGAAAAACUGAAUUUUUUUAACUUUGAUUUUGUUGCCCUGUUGGGUUAGAUAUCUGCUGUUCAUGGUUAGAAAUGAGUGGGUUUCCCAUCCAAGUGCAGGAAUGGCUGCAGAACAGGGAGCCUUCAGGCUCUGCAGAGAGGCAGGGUGGGUACCUCACUGUUGUAAAGCCAGAUACACCCCUGCAGUGGAGUGAGCUCAUUCUCAUUGACUGCACUUCAGUAGCUUCUUGAACAGCUUGCUGUUUGAUGCUGAGACCCAAUGGCAUGCGUAUAAUCAGACCAUCUUAUCUUUUCCACUGUUUCUUCAAGAUUUCCCUCAUUCCUGCCAGAAUGGUUUGUUUGAGGUUGCCUCCUUCAACCCAAAUCAUACCAGUCUUUGCUGUAGCAAUAUUGUCCUUGCAGAGGUGACCUCUGCUGGGAUUUUGUCAAUCUGCUCGAGACCUUCAAUUUGCUUCAGUUUAACUGGGUAGAAGUUGAAGGCUGGCUCAGACUGUUGAACAGGGCAGUAGCCCUUGUACAUGUUGGACUGAUAUGAUUACACAGUAGUAGUCUGUUUCACAUGGGCAACAUACUCUGGUUUAUCUCACUUGAAUGAGAGAACUUUUAGCAUAACAUGCCUUCAGACUGGUUGCUAUUGACUUCUCAGUUGUGUGGGAUCUUCUGUGCUACCAGAGAGUUUAGGAGACUGACAUUUAAUUUAGGUAUUUUUGGGUAUUACAUUUUCAGUAUUCAUGAUAGGUAAUCAAACUAGUGACUCAGUUAUGGGUUUGGAAAUACCUAGCUUGUAAAUACUGAGUAGCAAUGCCUCAGUAACAGCUGGAUGUUACUGCGAAAUCAGAAGCUACUUUGCAGUGUUGGCUUCAGCACAGUAACAAGGGUUGUGCUCAUCCUCUUCACUAAACACCUUAUUCCUGUAAUUCCUCCAGGUUUCUCCUUUGUACAGUCAAGUCUUGUAGGGAGAAUUGCUAGUGCUCUCCUCUGGUGCUUUCUGGGAUUGCAGUAAAGAAGUGAGUCCAUUUGUUUGAUUCUCUCAUCAAACUGCUGCUGGUGUUAGUUCGAGGUGAGUAAAUGACCAAAGAAUAGUUGGUAGUAGGUUUAUGUUCCUAGUCUCAGUUGUUCAUUCUCCUCAUAGAUGCAUUUUUAAGAUCAUUGCAAGAGUGCAAAGUGAUUUUGCUGGACUUAGUCUGUUCACAAAAGUUACAUUCAUAUUGUGGGUGACUCUUGUGACUGUCUUCAUGAGAGAAACUCCUGAAUUGCAUUAGGGGGUUUAUAUUUGCUGCCUCCAUUUUAGGUCUUUGGCAGCUUUUUGUAUCUAAAUGAUUAAGAUACUUGGGGAUCAUUCUCUUCCAGAAUUUCAUCCUGUUCCUUUACCUGAGCACUUGCUUGUAGCUGAAAAAUGAACAGAUUAAAUUUAUGAUCCAGCCAUGUUGAGUGGUGCUUUGAUGUCUUAAUUUUGCCACUCAGCUGAGAGGCAUUUACAGGCCUUUUGAACUGCUGUGCCCUCACCUGGUGCAGGCAUGAAUCAAACCAGGCUUGCCUAGACCCUUCACAAGGUCACUUGUUUGCUUUGUUUGCAAGAAACCAAGGAUAGGUGGGCUGUCAGUUACUGCAUGUGGGAAAGCAGCAGCAUCUUUCAGCAGCCAGGUGGGAGGUCUGUUUUUAGUCGUCUCUUGCCCUUAUUUUCAAUAAAUGCACUUUUCCAAGGUGUUUGAUAUCUUCUUACUUAGCUACUUUUGUAAUUGCUGCUAUGACUGAAUUACUGGACUGGGGUAUAGCUUGUUCCUAAGGAACUCUGUUGCAGAGCUGUGUAUCAUGCAGGUAGAGUUGAUCCUCUGGCCAGCCCAUGCUGAGCCAGGAACUCUUGAGCUACCAGGCACAAUUUUUUUAUCUGAAAGCCAAGUGAAAAUCCCUGUAUGCCAUGCUGGCCACCCCACAGUGUGAGCCUCAACUUAAAAUGCAUUUCUGAGUGUUAUGGUGCCCUCAGUAACUUGUUUGAAAUUCUGAAGCAGACACCUCAGGACAAGGGAGAGUGGAAGAGAGAACACAACCACAUCUUUUAUGAGGUGCUCUCCUUUGUACAUGAGCACUUUGUGUGGUGAGGAUGGGCAAGGAACACCAGAAAAACAGUAAAAGGCAAACAGUGUUUGGUAUGGCUCUUGGGAAUCCUGAAGAAUUAAAAAACUAGAGGGGAUAUGCAAAUGCUUAAUCAGAAACAUCUUUGAGAGAUCAAGUAUAUAUUUUUGACAUUUCUGUGUUAUUUUAGUAACUCUGUUUUAUUAUAACAACUGCAUUAUUUUUCAAGGAUAAAAUUAGCAAGUAUCUUUUCGCUUGUGAUGUUGAGUUUUUUAAUGAAAAACAUGUGGUGCUUGGCUAGUUAAAAGAAUGCUUUUGCAGAAAGGAAUCUUCCCAUUUUCUAACAGCCUUUCCCACUAAUACCCUGCUGGGAGCAGUAUGGUCUAAGAAAGUGCACGCAGAUUUAAAACGGAGUUGGCAGAGUUGGGAAAAUGUGGGCUGUCUGACUGUUUCUAUACCCAAAAAACCACCAACACUUGAUUGUAUACAAAUUGUCGUUGCUGUACUGAAACUGAGAGGGUGUGUGAAACCCCUUGCAACAUACUGCAAUGUCUUUAGUCCAAGAUUCUUUUGAAUUGCUUAUUUUGCCUUCAGGACAAAAAAUUUAGGAGUCAAUACAGUGUUUUCUUAGGAACUGCUUUUCUAAAUUCCCUUACUAAAAGGGAAAAUUCAGGUGCUGAAUCUUACAAUCUUAUUAAACUUGUACUUUUUAUUCGCCCAUUCACCUCGUCUCUUUUCAUUUUCAAGGCCUCCCACAGUCUCAGGGUAUAAUUCACUAUGACUCAUCCAAAUAGUACUGAAACGGACCAACCAGAGGUUAAUGUGCCUUCCUCUUCUGGUACCUUGAUCUUUAUAAAGUUAUCUCAAACUUGUCACUGUCUUAGGGCUGGGUACAUGCAUUGUCUUUUUCUAAGAUGUAUGUGUUGAAAUUGCAACAGGUUUAUACUGUUACUUGUGACUUGUUCCAUUUAUGUUAGGAUGUGGUGUAGACAAAUCAAUGCGUUGGUUGGUCUUGAUAUCAGUCUUGCCAGUGACACCUGUCAGUCCUUGCUUGUAUGUUCAUAUGUAGAUAAAAUGCUGGAUCUUCCCCACUGCCUAUGGUGCAUAAGAUGCACAAAAUACACAAGGUGUGUUAAAAUGUGCAGUGAUCAUAACUUGUUGCCUGAAGGUAGGAUGUCCUACAGUGAACUGUUUUUAAUGUUUUUUCCCCAAAUAUUUUUAAUAAGAUCCAAAGCCUUGAGGAAAAAAAAACAAUCAGGACUUGCUGUUACUUGAUGGCUUUUGUUCUGAAUCCAGGAUCUGAUGUUUGUUAAAAACUCCUCCAAAUCCACUCAUCUAAAAGAGGCUUUCUCAGCUUGUUUCUGUCAUGAGGUGUAUCAGAAACAGCACUGAAUCCUGAACUAUCACAGAAGCUGUCAAGCAAAGUAGUAACAGCUCUCUUCAAAUAUUACAGUGCACAUUUUUUCACUGUAAGAUAAAGCUGUUCCAAGUUAUUGAUAGAGCUUGCAAAUAGAACAGUGCAAAAUUGCAGAUAGUGUGUGAAACCAGCCUGUCUGCACAUGGGGCUCAGUGUUCUGUUACCUUGCAAAUUGUUUCUCCUCUCUGAAAAGGUGUUUUUUGUUUUUGUUUUUUUCAACACAAAGACAUUACAUUUGGCUUAGUUUCUAAAGAUAUGUUUGUUUACAAACCUCAAAAUGACAUCUGGCAUUUGGCCUGAGUUUCUAACUCUUACGCAUUUAGAAAAUAUAGUACAAUUGAUACAUUAUGUCUCAUAAGAGCAUGGAAAGAGGAACAUAUAUAUCUUCACUUGCUGUGGCCUUCCAUGGACACGCCUAUGCAUAAUUAACUAAAUUACAAUACUACACUCUGUUGAUUCAUGAGGUUACCUUUUUAUUUAGAAUCAGCACAAUUAGUCAUCAGUGUAUUGACAUUAAUACAUGGUCAUGGAGCUCUAAGGUCUGUGUGUUUUCUGUGCUAACAGUAUCUGUUCUCUCUGUACUGCAGUGCAGACUUACCAUGGAGCUCUUUUUGCUUUGUGUUAAUUUCGGAGUUCCUUCAAAUUCAGUGAGGUGCUGUUUUUAGGACAGUCGCUUUUCUGAGUAGAACAAAUGGAUUUAACUUAGUUUUCUACCUUUAGCAUCUUCCUCUUCUCCCAUUUCUUCCUAGUUCACCUGUAAUGAUGAGUUCAAAGAUGUCUGCCUACUCUGAAAAUUAUCGAGUCAUAAUAAAAAGAAAACCUGUAGCCCAGUGUGGCAAGAUCACCCUGUGCUUUUACCAUAAACCUCUGUGACUGGAUGCUUCUCUUGCAGUUGGAGACUCCACCCCUGCACAGUCUGAAGAAGCAGAAAGCUUCUUGCACCCAUAUUGUUCAGUAGGUGUCAGCAGAUCAGGAAGUGGAGGUGCCCUGUGCCUUCAUCCAGUGUGUUUGUCGAACUCAUCUGUAGUGGUUUAGCCAGAGAACUGGCAUCUUCAGUUGCUACUCAGAGUCUUGACUAAAGGUUUCAUUCAGGGCAAUACCAGCAGGGUGAGUUGCUGACUUGAUUCCAUGUCAAGGCUUCCUCCAGAGAUUUAUUGUUUUGGGGGGUGGAAUUAUAAAAGAGUAGGGAUAUGAGCAAAACAAUAACCGUGUUCUCAAAAGAGAAAAGUUAUUCUAAUGUACUUUGGCCAGCAAGAAUGACAGAGAUGAGCUGGCAAUGGAAUGUUUGAUGGUAGGCUUUGAGGGUUUGUGCCAUCAUGCCUUAGAUCACUGCAAAUUAGUUGCUCCCAGAGCUUUCAAAAAGAGGUCAGUCCCUCUUCAGAUGAGAUGUGAAAAUAGCAUGUGGAAAAACCAGUUUCCCCAGUGGUCACUCAGUCUUCCCCUCAACAUUCAAGGUUACCAGUGCACUUGUCUCUGUUUUCAUGAGUGAGUAUGACUAAUGUGCUUCACGGCUGCCACCAGCCCCCUCCACCUGCUUUGUGCAGGGAUGAUAGAGUAAAAAGGCCUUGUCUACCUUGUCCUCCGCUUGGCUGGCUGUUGACAGUGCAGGGAUGUAACAGGCCAGUUGUGAUUUACAGCUUCAGCUGGUUGCUCUGGGCUUCUCUCACAUUGGAGGUGUGGUAGUGGGGCUGUUAGAGAAAGAACUGGUUAAGUAACUUCUGGUGGGCUUUGUCCCUCCUGUUCAAAUUGCUGUCUCCGUUCUCAGACUCUUGUCCCAGCCUCACUCACAUCUUGUCACACUGCUGCUUGGGACUUGAGCAAGUUCCCUGUUCUCUCAUGGUGCACUAGAUCAGGUACCAAGUUCUGCAAAGCAUGGGGGCACCUGUUAAACCCCUAUUAUACUUUGAAACUUCUACUGCCUUAGGCAGUGGUUUGCUGAACUAGGACCUUGCUCACAGUGUCCUUAUUCUUUUUACUCAGCUCUAGGUAUCUUCUUGGACUGCCAUAUCCCUUUUAGUCCAAAAGGGUUUGCUCCAAAGUCAUUCCUGUUCCAUGGAGUUGAUUCCCAUACUGCUGGUUAUUGCAAUUCAGUGGCUUUUCUUUUUCUUGUUUUCAUUCUGGGGUUUACUGCAAAUGUACAAAACCAUACUGACUUUGUCAACUCCUGAACAUAGUACAGGGGCCCAUCCUGAGGCAUCAGAAUUAUUUGUCUACUCUCAAGGUGCACAGAAACAAGAAUUCUCUUAGACACACAAAGAAACCAACUGCAUAUACACAAGUAGAAAGGUAUCUCUGAGUAGAAUAGGUGAGGGAGCAGCUUAUGAAUUUUAAGUAUAAAAACAGUAAUUGAGGGGGCUUUUUGUUUCUUUUUUAAAAAUUGCUUUAACAGGAAGUUAGGUGGCAUUUUAAGCCACAUAAAGUUGCAAGGUAAACCAAGAUUUUCUGUCCAUCAGUGCAAAAUGUGCCUCUCAACUAUAAUACAAAGUCAGUAUCUGUUGCUCUCUUGUUUGCAAUGGAAGAAAAUUAUCUGAACACUGAUUAAAUGUGUUUCUUGCUCUUAUAUAUAAUCACCCACACAAUAGUCCUUGCUGGUCUUUCCCAAGCACUAUUCAACACUACCCCUAUUUAAAAACAAAAUAGAGACUGCAUUGAGUAGUGAAAGCUAAUGAAUUUCCUUGGUUUGAGAGAGACCCUGGAGAUAAAAGUCCAGGUUCCAUGUGUUUUAAAUGUAAGUUUAAACCAAUGCAGCUAUUCUCUCAGACCAGUACAGCUUCCUACCUUUCCUUCCAUUUACAGGAAUUUAAAAAUAAACCAAGCAAUACAUGAGCCAGUUGAUGUCCUUGCAGGUGGAACAUGGUUUUUUGUUUUUUUUUUUUAAUUUGAAGAUUGAGUGUUCUCUUGUGGAAGAACAUUGUGGGUGCAAAAGUGUGGAGCUCAGAUUACAGAUCUUCCACCAGCUUGUUAAUGCAAUUAAGUAUUCUGGACUCUUUUGAAGAAGACUGUGUAAAAGCUGUGAAGGCAUACACUGGAACUGAUAAUUUUAAAUUUUAGGUCAUGUGUGUAUUGCUUGACUACAUGGACAAUGUAACAGUGAUUUUUAUAGAUUGGUUUCCACGUGUCAGUCACAAAUAAUUUGCUGUUUGGAGGAAAACUUUUAGUAGAUACAUUUCCUGAUCAAAUUAUGAGCCUAUUUUCCCUCUUGCUUUAACCGGGUUACUGUGUUCACAUGCCAGAAAGAUGUUGCUCUUUGAAGAAGCAUGUUAGUGUAUGUGGCAAUGCCCCAUGCACUUUUUUAAUACCUAGACCUGUACAUUCUCAUCUGAGUAUCGUUAACCAUGCUGUAGUCUGACAAAUGAAUCUUUUACUACUGCCCUGUUACAUAGAUAAUUGUAAUUAACUGCAGUUUGUUUUUUUCCACUACUUGAAGUUGUGUGAUCUGAAAAUUGGUGAACAAAAAGUAUUUGUGCAUCUUACUAUGGGUAUCUCUAAAUAAAAUGUAUUUGUAUAGUGUA